CCCAUAUGAGCUGUGCCUCUCGGCACAAAACUGCAGCACAAAGCUUGUGGCUGCUGAGCGAUUUCUGCUUUGUCUCCAGCUCAAUGCCAGGGAUGUGCCCAGGGCAUUGCAGGGACGGCUGCGGACCUGGGGACACGCAGGGACAGAGCCAGGUGGUGGCUCCCAGGAAAUGCCCUCGUCCCCUGCAUCGAGCCGUGGGGCAGUCCCGGGUGCUGCCAGGAGAGCACAGAGCAUCCGGGCAGAGGGGAGCAGCACCCAGCAGAGGGGACCCAUCCCUGAGCAGCUCUGGUGGCAGCAGGUUGAGGACAAAACUGGUCACAUUCCCCUCACUGCCAUGGGCUGAGAUCACCUCAUGUCCCCGAAGGCUGGCAUGGGAUGUGGGGAGCCACCUUGGUCUGGCACGGGGGUGGAGGGGUGAAGGACAAGGGGCACAGGGUGAUGGGCCAGGAGGGACACCGAGGGACCCUGUCAGGGACACCAAGGGACAAAGCCCUUCUUCCUGCUGCCCCUCAGGUGCUGCUGCUGUUUCUCAGGGGAUCGAAGCCACAUGCGCAGGUUCCAGGGGAUCCACGUCACCGAGGUAGGACCCAGGGCAAAGAGCAUCCUAGGGACAGGUGGGACAGGUUGGUCACACGUACGUGACAGCAGAAAUAGCCCUGGUGGCAGCAGUUCUGAGCAUCUGAAACCACCAGGAGCUUUGGCAGGGAAGUGCCGUGACACAGGAUGAGAUGCCGUCACACUGCAGGUGCCCUGACCCCAGGCUCACGUGCUGUGGAGCUGCACACAGGCACAGGCUCCAUUUCUCAUGCGCACCUCCCUGCCUUCAGGAACACGGGCUGCCCUGCGCUUCGGUGCAGUUUCAUGCUUUGCUGUGAUCACUGACCCGUGGCGGGGAGCCCCCGGGGGUGUGGGAGCAGGGGUCGGAGCUGUCACUGCCAGCUCUGCAGGUGCCUGCGGAGCCAGGGAGCACCAUGAGUGUGGGGAGAAAGAAGUACAAGGUACUGGCAGGGAAAUUUGUCACUUGCAACCUUUGCAACACUUAAGAGGCGUGCAGGGUCUGACCCAGCCCCUGACCGCGGUGCAGGCUGCAGCUGCCUCGUCUCCUGCCCCUUCUUCUAUCAGGGCUCUGCCUCCAGUCCCACCAGCAGCAGGAACUGCUUGAAAUCUAAGCACAGAUCAUCGCGGCAGUUAAAUAACUCUGAGGCUGGAUUGUUUCUGGAGGAAUUACAGGAAUUACAGGAAGUAGUGUUAGAGUUGCCCACACCUCCAGGGCUGCACAGAAUCGAAACCAAGCUGGGGGCUGGUGCGGGAGGAGCCGGUGCUGCCCUUGUGGCAUGAGCACAGUUCUCCAGGCUGACACCGGCCGUCUCCGCUGUCACUUCCUGGUGGCUGUGAGCAUCCCGCGGGGACAAGGCGAACGCCAGCGCAGGACGUGCAGGAAGCCAGGCCGUGUCCAUCCAGCGUGUCCACGUGCUACCCGGGGUCGGCGGGGGCUAGGAGAUGAGGCUGAUCCUGGCCGGGAAGGCUGGCGAGGGGAAAAGCGCCACGGGGAACACCCUCCUCGGGGAAUGUGUCUUUGAGUCCAAGCUGUCCACCCAGCCAGUGACCGUGAGCUGUGCGAGUGCACAGGGGCACUGGGAUGGCCAGGACUUCACGGUGGUUGACACGGCUGACAUUUUCAACCCCGGAGGUGCCAGCAGUGAGGUGCACCAAGAAAUUAUCCGCUGCAUCAGGCUGUCCUCCCCGGGCCCCCACGCGCUGCUGCUGGUGACCCAGCUGGGCCGAUUCACCCAGGAGGACGAGGAGGCCGCAGAGAGACUGCAGGACAUCUUUGGAGCUGAUGUUUUCAGGCACACAAUCAUCAUAUUCACCCGUGCAGAAGAGCUGGGGGAGAGAUCUCUGCACGACUACGUGUCCUGUACUCACAACAAAGCUCUCCACGAGCUGAUCGAGAGAUGUGGGAACAGGUACUGCGGCUUCAACAACCGGGCAGUUGGAGCCGAACGGGACCACCAGGUCAUGGAGCUGAUGGGGAUGGUCCGCUGCAUGGUGCGGGUGAAUGGGGACAGGUACUACAGCAAUGAGAUGUACCUGGAGCCCAUUUUAACAGAAGAGAAGGUGGCGUAUCACAUGGCGAGGUACAGAGCAGGCAGGAUAAAGAGCGCGCGAUUCAGCUGAAGGACAGCUCUCCUGGCUUUUGGGCUGAUUGUCCUUAUCAUUAUUGUGAUCACCCUGGGUUUCCUUAUCACACGGCUGUGAUGAAUCCCAGCACCACAGAGCCACUGAACGCCUGGGGCUGGAGGCACCUCUGCACCCCACGUGUUCUGUCCCUGCCCAGGCAGGGUCCCCAGCGCCGGCUGCCCAGGACCGUGUCCACUGGGUGUUGGACAUCUCCGGGGAUGGAGACCCCAGCACCGCUCUGGGCAGCCUGUGCCAGCGCUCAGACACCCGCACAGCAAAAAAAGACUUUCCUGAUGUCUCAGCGGGCAUCCUUGUGCCUCCAGCAGUGCCCAUACUCUUGUGUCCAGACUCUGGGCACCCCACCAGGCGUUCACACACACAGACGGGACCCCCAAGUCCCAGUGUAAUGGAACCAACUCUCCCUUGGAAACGAAGAGGAAUUGUCUAUUUUUAUUGAGCUUCCCUUUAAUCAGUUAUCAUAUAUGUAGUACAGGACAAAAAAUAUGUUUAACUUUUAAUCCAGGCUCCCUUUGUUCAGGGACAGAAUGCUUCUUCUGGGAGAAACCAAGCAAGCCCCGGUGCCAAUAGCAAGUAGCCUGAGGUUGUGCUUUGGUGACAUGUGGCCAUCGAUGGAUAAAAGGGGUUAGGGUGCUUCAUCGGGGAACACCACCAAGGAUCCCCCAGAAAGGAAGGCAUGCGCAGAAGGUCCCUAAAAGGAGCCAUUAAGAAUGAUGCCACAUGGGCACAAAACUCAGGUAGAUUAGAAUGAAUAUGUAUUAGAUCACUAGAAUAGUCAUGAAUUUAAUGUCUCCAUGGAGCCAGGAAGUCGACAUCAGGCUGUGCUUGAUCUGUGGAAACUGCACCGAGCUCUGAGGCCUGAAUAAAAGCAAUCUCUCUCCUGA